GUGAUAUUUAAACUGAGAUCUAAGGGUGAGUAGUAGAAUUUAGGUAAAGGACAGGGGGCAGGGGAUGAGAGUUCAGGCAAAGAUAAGAGCAAGUGUAAAGAUGUGAAGGCCAUCACUGGUCUGAGACCUUCUCUAAUUUAUAUUCACCUAAAUUUACUCUUAGAUUAGAAGUAUUGGAAUUUGGAUGAUCUUUGGAUUAAAACUAUGAAUGUGCCUUGGCAUAAUCAAGCCCUAUGAAAGAUAAAUAGAAGGCAUUUAUGCAUGCAGUCUUUGAAGGUUUUGCAGUAGAAUUUCAGUCAGGAAAUUAUCUUUUCCAGCUGCUGAGGCUGGUGAUAUAGAGUUUGUCUAAUUACUUGAAAAGGUUUGCAAUUGAGAAUGUAAGUUUGUACUUCAUUAUAUUCACAUGUCACUCAGUGAAAGAUGAGUAUAUUCUUAACUCUUUCCUUGUCUCUUCCUUUUUUAGCAGAUGAGAUUGAUUGCUUUCCAUGUGGCUUCCUGAGCUAGUGUGUGAAGGAUGAGUAACAAUGGAGGGUUUCAAUGGAGGAGGGAAAGGGCUUCAAAGUAUCAAAAUAGAAAACAUUCAUUUUGUUGUAUUUCUCUUUGUAGAUAUUCUAAUUCUGUAACCCUGUUUGUAGGAAAAUCCCUUUGAUCCAUCAAAGAAAUGAAAUGAAAUUUGGGUGUAACAAAUUAUAAAUUUGGUUAUGUUUUACCACUCAGCAGUCUAUGUACCUUGUGUACCUUCAUAAUUACAAGAAUGUUUGAGGACAGUGUCUAGAAGUGAUAUAAGAAUGUGGCCAGUAUGUUGGUGAAGUUAUGGAGCUGGCCCUAUCUUUUAACUUUUAUCUCCUAAAAUUAAUAUUUUAUAUUAAUGUAAAUACAACUUUAGAUGGGAUGGAACCAAACUAUGUAUAUGUCUAAUUCUAUAUGUGCUAGUUUUUUUCUAAAUCACUUACCUUCUUACUGACUCCUUCCAGUCACACAUUAUACCAAUGAUGUGGGUGUCAGAUAGUGGGCUCAGCAGAUGUUACCACUUUCCAUUUUGCAUGUGGAAGUACAUUGAUGAAAGUUGGCCCUUAUAGUUAUUUCCAAGGCAGGAGAAAGAAAGAGGAUGAUUUCAAAAUAAUUGCAACAAUUUUUGUUAUAGAUUCAUUCAACAUAUUUUUACUGAACACCUAUGUGAAAGUCACUGGAGAUAAAGUGGUGAACCAAACAGACAUGGUUCUUGCUCUCAAGGGGCUGACAGUCUAGUGAAAAAUAUAGAAAAGGAUUGACUAGUACUAAUAUAGCUAAAUAGGCUAUCCCACCUAGUGGUAACUGCCAUAAAGGAAAAGUACAGUUUCUAUGAGAGAAUAUAACGGAGGGAUCUGCUCUAAUUUAUGGACUCCAAGAAGGCUUCUCUGAAGAAAUGAUGUUUGGGUUGAAAUAUGGAGAUAUGCAUCAUUCAUUUAAAGUUUCAUUUCUUUCCUAAGGAACAAAACAGAGCUAAAUAGGCAGAAGCCUUUUAGACAUAGCAGGGGUUUUUUUGGCAUUAUCAUGUCGACUAUGUCUUCCACUAAUCUGAGCUAGAAAAUUGUUCCUCAUAUUUAAAAAAUAAUUUUAGAGAUUUUUUAAUGAACCCUGGUUUAUGUAUAUGUGCUGGAUUUUGUUUCUGAUUUUAUCUUAAAACAAACUUGAAUCUGUUAGAAGGUCCCAUUUAUUUAGAAGAGAUCAUUUAAUCCCAUCGUAAUGUCUACCCAAGGAUUCCACUUACCACAAUUUCUUUUUUUAUUUAUUUUUACAAAUUUAUUUAUUUUUAGAGAGGGGAAGAGAGGGAGAGAAACAUCAGUGUGUGGUUGCCUCUGGUGUGCCCCAUACUAGGGACCUGACCUGCAGCCCAGGCAUGUGCCCUGACUGGGAAUUGAACUGGCGACCCUUUGGUUCACAGGCCCACACUCAGUCCACGGAGCUGCACUAACCAAGGCUCUUUUUUAAGUAAUUGAACUUUAGAGGUACCUUUGCAAGUUAUUGUUAAGUAUGUUAAUUUUUCUGUUAUUGGUUUGGGGGCAUACUACUUUUAUAAUUGGAAAAAUAAUAGAGGUGGCUAUACAAACUUAUUAAGCCUACAGAAAUUCUAUUUGAUUUGUAACAUUUUUAUUCUUCUUUUAAUUGUAUUUUUCGUUGAAUAUUAUUUUGUGUUAGUUUUAGGGAUACAUAGUGGUUAAACAAUCAUAUACUUUACAAAGUAUUCCCACCAAAUCACAGUACCCAGCAUACACUGUUGUUUGAAUAUUAUAGACUAUAUUGUCUAUGCUGUGGUUUAUACCCCUGUGACUACCGAUUUGUAUUUCUUAAUCCCUUCACCCUUUUCACUUCCCCCAUCCUCCCUGUGUUCUCUGUUUCUAUGAGUGUUUCAAUUUUCUUUGUUUAUUUUGUUCUUUAGAUUCCAGAUAUAAGUGAAAUCAUAUGGUAUUUAUCUUGCUCUGACUGACUUAGGUCGCUAGCAUAACAAAAAGGAGCAUUUCUAUACCUGGAAAAGGAUUUUGGGGAGCAAAUCCAAGAAAAUCUCAGACCCAUCUCAGUACCAUCCUUAUUCAGCUUUGGAUUUACAGAUAAAGUAAUAAAAAAGAGCCAGUGUCCCAUCGGGGUCUUUGGUAAUGGUUUCAAGUCAGGCUCCAUGCGACUAGGAAAGGAUGCUCUUGUCUUCACCAAGAACGGGGGUACCCUCACUGUUGGACUCCUGUCACAGACUUACCUGGAAUAUGUCCAGGCCCAGGCAGUUAUUGUACCAAUUGUUCCAUUCAACCAGCAGAACAAAAAAAUGAUUAUUACCGAGGAUUCCUUGCCCAGCCUAGAAGCCAUCUUGAACUAUUCAAUUUUCAACAGUGAAAAUGACCUCCUGUCUCAGUUUGAUGCCAUCCCAGGCAAAAAAGGCACUCGUGUUAUUAUUUGGAAUAUACGCAGAAAUAAAGAUGGAAAGUCUGAGUUGGACUUUGAUACAGAUCAAUAUGACAUCCUGGUAUCAGACUUUGGCACAGAAGAAAAAGAGACUGGUGGUGUUACCUCUGAACUGCCAGAAACAGAGUAUUCCUUACGGGCAUUUUGUGGUAUUCUGUAUAUGAAGCCACGAAUGAAAAUUUUUCUGCGUCAAAAGAAGGUGACUACCCAGAUGAUUGCCAAGAGCCUGGCCAAUGUAGCAUAUGAUAUAUAUAAACCUACUUUUACAAAUAAGCAGGUGAAAAUAACUUUUGGCUUCUCUUGCAAGAAUAAUAACCAAUUUGGAGUAAUGAUGUAUCACAACAAUCGACUCAUAAAGUCCUUUGAAAAGGUGGGAUGCCAGGUGAAGCCAACUCAUGGAGAAGGUGUGGGAGUAAUUGGAGUCAUUGAGUGCAAUUUCUUAAAACCUGCGUACAACAAACAAGACUUUGAGUACACCAAGGAGUACCGGUUAACCAUAAAUGCCCUUGCCCAGAAGCUAAAUGCUUAUUGGAAGGAAAAGACUUCCAAAGAGAAUUUUGAGACCUCAGCCAUGACCAGGACAAUACCAGGAAAUUGUUGGAACUGUACCAUGGAAUUUGACAGCAGAAGUAGAGAAUCCGGCAUAUCAGAAAAAAGGAAGAUUCCUGACCAGACGUGGGUACAGUGUGAUGAGUGUCUUAAGUGGAGGAAGCUCCCUGGCAAGGUUGAUCCAUCUACAUUACCUGCAAGAUGGUUUUGUUACUAUAAUUCCCAUCCAAAGUACAGGAGAUGCUCUGUUCCAGAAGAACAAGAACUCACUGAUGAAGACCUGUACUUGAACAAAGCAAAGAAACAAGAUCAAACUGUUGAGAAGAAGAAGGUGCCAAUGGAAAAUGAGAACCACCAGGUAUUCACUAACCCACUCAAUAUACCUACUAUUCAAGAUAUGGAUAAAUUAAAUAAUAAAACAAUUGGAUAUGAGGAAAUUGAUAGCCCUAGCCGGCUUCCAUCUGUUCGAGAAGAAAGCAAAACACCUGUUUUUCAACUUAAGCCUCUGGAUUCCAGUGUUUUUCAGUUUUCCAGUAAGUACAAAUGGAUCCUUGGUGAGGAACCUGUGGAGAAACGAAGAAGGCUCCAGAAUGAGAUGACAACACCCCCUCUAGAUUAUUCCAUGUCUGGCUCUUACAGGAGGGUAGAGGCAACUGUUGCUUGCCCAGAAGGGGAGAACAGCCAUGAUAAAUCCAGUUCUGAGAGAAGCACACCACCAUACCUUUCCCCAGAGUACCCAGAAGCAAACAAGAAUAUGAGUCACAGUAGUGGAGGUUCAGUUCUGUAUUCUGGGGCCCAAGAACAACACCAGGGGUCCCUGCUCCCUGAAGAAUUAGAAGAUCAGAUGCCAAGAUUGGUAGCAGAAGAAUCUAACAGAGGCAGCACAAAUAUAAACAAGGAAGAAGUAAACAAGGGACUUUUUGUAGCUGUUGUUGGUGUUGCAAAAGGUGUCCGAGAUUCAGGAGCUCCCAUUCAGCUGAUCCCUUUUAACCGAGAGGAGCUUGCCGAGAGAAGAAAAGCAACAGAAUCCUGGAACCCAGUGCCUUAUCCUUCUGUGGCCUCUUCUAUAAUCCCUGCUGUAGCCCCUGGGGAGAAAGGAAGAGGCUAUGAGGAGAGUGGAAGUUGUCAUAUGCCAAAGAUGAAGAACCAAAGACAGCUAGAGGAACUGAAAAGAACCACAGAAAAAUUGGAACGUGUUCUAGCUGAAAGGAAUUUGUUCCAGCAAAAGGUGGAGGAGCUGGAACAGGAGAGGAAUCACUGGCAUUCUGAAUUCAAAAAAGUCCAACAUGAAUUGGUGACCUACAGUACCCAGGAAACAGAAGGCUUGUAUUGGAGCAAGAAACACAUGGGCUAUCGCCAAGCUGAAUUCCAGAUUUUGAAAGCUGAGCUGGAAAGAACCAAAGAGGAAAAGCAAGAACUAAAAGAGAAACUAAAGGAGACAGAGAUGCACCUGGAAGUGUUGCAGAAGGCUCAGGUCUCCUACAGGACCCCAGAGGGAGAUGACCUAGAAAGGGCUUUGGCAAAGCUUGCGAGGCUGCGUAUCCACGUCAGCUAUCUCCUUACUUCUGUCCUCCCUCACUUGGAGCUUCGUGAGAUCGGGUUUGACUCAGAACAAGUGGAUGGGAUCCUGUAUACGGUGCUGGAGGCAAAUCACAUACUGGAUUGAGCACUAGACCAUAUACUCUAUCUACCCUUCUUUUUUCUCCCUUUCUCUUCUCUCUCCUCUUCUCUCUUAUUUCUCUCCUUUCUGCCCUCCCUCCCCCACUUUUCUCAUGCUCUCUCUCACCUUUAUGCCUUAUAUAGAGAAUCUUUGAGUAAAUCCUGGCUCUUAAUCAGUCUGCUUCUUAUUCAGUUUGGCAUGAGGAAAAGACUAGUUCAAUAGGCUUUUAAGAGUUCCAGCAACAGAAACGCGAUAGUCACAAAACCAGGUGACCUGAAAGCUUUAACUUUCAUGACUUAGAUACUUGGCCUUUUUAAUAUCCUUUCUGAAAUGGUUUGUAUUCAUUUAGGUUAAAUCAGUCAACAAAUAUCGGAUCCAAAGUAUUGGGUUGGCCAAAAAGUUUGUUUGUUUGUUUGUUUUCUGUAAGAUAGCAUUUAGCAUUUGUUUUCUGUCUAGUAGCAUUUAGUUGACUUUAACUUCAUUUCAG